CGAGCUAUGGCCGGCAGAAGACACGUCCUGAGGCUGCUCUGGGGCAGCCUGCUCGUCCCGCUCUGUCGUGCGAUCGCAGUUCCAUCGAGCGCCCCGCUGUCUGCAGCGCUCGUCGACCCGUCGCUGUUGAGCGUGUCCCUCGAAUUCUUCGCCUUCCCGGGGUACACCACGCUCGCGGCGACGUCCAACUGCCUCGCGAACCUUGCGACGCUGCGCGGUGCACAGCCCGCCAUACGCAUUGGUGGGACCACCCAAGACCGCGCGACGUUCUAUGCAGACCUUGACGAGGCCGUGAACUACACCGUGGCGUCGCCAGCGGACGCACCCGAUUCGCUCACGUUUGGCCCGCCAUUCAUGGCACUCGCCGCGCAGCUCAAGGGCGAGGUCACCCUGGGCUUGAACCGGCAGCUUGACAAUCAAUCUGCCAGUUUGGCUGCAGCGGCCCUCGCGAAAGAGACAAUGCCGAACCUGUUUGCUGUCGAGCUGGGCAACGAGCCGGAGUUUUACGCUAGCAACUCUCCAAUUAUCGUCGACGGCGGCCAGGGAUGGAACCAAAACGUGGACGCGGCGAGCGAGAAAUCGUGGUUCGAGACGUUCUCGCGCUCGGUGGGAAAUAUUUUCCAAGGCGCAGUGACCCUGUCAUGGAGCGCGGGAGAGACCCUGACUCUCAUUGGCUCGGACGGCGCGGCGUUGCUCAAAUCACUCUCGCGGCAUUCAUACCCGCAGUCUGCGUGCGGCGGUGCCUCGACAAAUCUGCCUAGUCUUAUGAAUCACUCGGGUAUAGUGUCGUAUACGCGGCAAUAUCGGACGGAGGCUGCCCAAGCGCAUGCAGCGAGCAUCAAGUAUUUCCUAGGCGAGACGAACUCAGCGACAUGCGGUGGCGGCGGCAUCAGCCCUACUUUCGGCGCUGCGCUGUGGAUCGUGGAUUAUGUGCUCCAAGGCGCACUGAACGGCGUGGAUCGGCUUUACUUCCAUCAGGGUACUAUAUCGGACUGCGCGUAUUGUUUUUGGGGACAGAGUUCCGUGUUCGCUCCAUACUACGGCGCGGCAUUUGUUUCCGAGUUCCUCGGGAGCAAUGGAGUCAAGGCCGCCAUGCUGGACGACGGGACGGGUGCGAUUGGCGUCUACGCGGCGUUCAACGCGUCGAACAGCCCAGUGCGGUUGCUAAUCAUCAAUACUGACUAUUACUCAGGCACGGGCACCCCGGCGACGUCUGUGGUUACCCUGAGCGGCGCCGGCUCGACGGAUGGCACUAAGCUUGCCAAGAGGAUGACAGCGCCAGAUGCGACCUCGACGUCUGGGGUCACCAUCGGAGGGAGCGCGUCGUUCGCGGGUACCUGUGCUCGGAGCGGCGCACAGACGAUGGAGAGUGUGACGGUCAGCGGAGGGACGAUGUCGGUCUCAGUGAGGGCAUCUGAAGCAUUGAUUGUGUUCCUAUGAUGAUCGCCGUACCAACCUAAUCUGUUUUCGACGUGUCGAUCUGCCAUGCUAUGCUGCUA